ACUAAUUAAUCUUCUUUUUUCUUUUUUUAAAAAACAAGGGUCCUCCCCUUCCUUGGCCCCAACUCCCCAUUUUCAUGCCUCUCUCUCAUUUCCUUCUUCUUCUUCUUCUUCUUCCCUCUCUCUCUCUCUCUUGUUUCUUUCUUCUUCCAUUGCUUUUAAGCCAACACAGAUGGGCUCAUGUGCUUCCCUUUGCAGUAAAUCGGAAUGCUCCGCCGUGAAGCCACCGCCGGCGCCGUCGGAGUCUGUGAAGGACAAGUUUGAGAUUCCGCCUUCACCGAUCAAACACUACAAGCUCCAAGACAACGCCGAUUCUGUCUUCAAGGACAUCUCUGUAGUACCCCAUCACCACAAGACGCCUUCUGGCAGCAAAGAAGAAGCCUUCUUUGAUUCUCGAGCGUGGUUGGAUUCCGAUUGUGAAGAUUUCUUCAGUGUCAAAGGAGAUUUCACCCCAUCCAGAGACAAUACUCCAAUUCACCACCGCUUUACGGCGGGAACUCCCCGAGCUAGCCAAGCCGGUGCCGACGACAAACCAUCUACAUUCAACUCGUCGCCAUUACCGACGAAGAGGAGGAAGAAGCUGGCUGAUCUAUUCCGAGAGAGCCUCGGAGAUGAGGCGAGUUUUGCUUUCUUAAAUCACAACGACAAUCGGAAAACCGAUGAGCCUUGCCUUCCGGGAACUGGUUCGGUCGGCAACGGCGUUGCUGACAAAAAUAUGAUCGGAUAUGAGUCGAAGUUCUGUUGCCUUGCGCGGUUGGUUUCGCGUAACGGUUCGCGCGAGAGGGAGGAGGAUUUGAAGGUUGUUAAUGGCGUAUCUUGAGCCCUAAAUGGAUGGAGAACUCACGAAGAAGAGCAAGAACAGGGGAUCGCGGCAGAGGAGAAGUGGGACCUUGAACUUUAAGGUUGGAUCUUUAUAAAUUGAAAUAAAAUCAGAUCCUCUGUGCAUGGAUAAUCAUUCGAAGUGCGGAAUAUAAAAUGUGAAUAUUUAUUAUUACAAUUAAGAGUGAAACUGCAAUAUUUUGUUGACGGUGUUCAUUUGCAAGAAAGAAGAAGAUGUUUUAAUC